CCGCCUCCCUCGCCUGCCACGCUUCCCUUCAGCCUAGCAGGUGGCAAUAUCGUGGUCAGGCUGAGCGGCAGGUUUGUCCGAGUAGAGUUGACAGCAUUGUGCGUGGUGAUUUUCUACGAUGGAAGUCACCACAUUAAGGCGGAGAUUCCAAGUAACUAUAAGAGCAACCUGUGUGGACUGUGCGGUAACUACAACGGUAUAGCGAGCGAUGACUAUUUGAUGCCGGAUGGGACACUCGCCUUAAACUGGAACGAUUUCGGGAACAGCUGGGAGGUCACCAGCGAAUCUUGUCAGGGUGACCGUCCGACCGGUGAACCCCCGACACAAGGACCGUGUGACCCGGUGUUUUCGGACCAGUGUAAUGUGCUUACAGAUACAAACGGCCCGUUUGCUGAAUGCCAUGGUUUCGUAGAUCCUGGGACAUACUUGGAAACCUGCGUCUUCGACAUUUGUGAAACGGAAGGAGCUAUCUUUUGUGAGAACCUGGAGACGUAUUAUGACGCUUGUCUGGCUGCAGGCGGGACUCCCUUUGAUUGGCGGACGCCAACCAAUUGUCCCUUGGAUUGCCCAGCAAACAGCGCAUACUCUCCUUGCGCAACCGCCUGUCCUGCGAGCUGCGCAGACCCCAACCCCACCUGUACUGAGGCUUGUGUAGAAGGCUGCGUGUGCAAUGAUGGUUUCAUACUAAGUGGACUGGAAUGCGUCCCCCUUGCCGACUGUGGUUGCAUAGACGAAAAUGGGUUCUAUCAUGCACUUGGAGAGGAAUGGAGAGAUGAUGGCAUGAAAUGUACAUGCACCGCAGAUGGAAUCGUCUGUGAACCGUUGACCAGGACUGGUUGGUGCGAUACGCCAGGGAGAGGAAUUUGCACAGCAUGCGGAGAUCCACACUAUACUAUGUUUGACGGGGGGCGUCACCACUACCAAGGCCGGUGCAGACACAUCUUAGCCAAGGACUGCGGAGACAGCAACGACUUUACAGUGGAAGUACAACAAGUACCCGUACCUCGUAGGCCAGUUGUGUCUGUCGUGCGCGAGGUGUUCGUAUUGGCACACGGGUACGAAGUCGGAAUUCACCAGAGAAGGGUCGUGACGGUGAACGGAGCGCCGCGCACUGUUUCCUUCUCACUGGCAGGUGGCCGGAUCCGGGUCUCGUUCUAUGGUAGGAUGGUUCACGUGCAGCUGGUAGAGUUCUGUGUGGAUAUUUACUACGACGGAAGUCACUGUGUUGAGGUGAAGGUUACACCUUACUACUGGGAUAGGAUGUGCGGACUGUGUGGUAACUACAACGGCAACAAGGGCGAUGACUACAUGAUGUCAGAUCUGGUGACCAUCGCUUCAAACUGGAAAGACUUCGGGUUUAGCUGGUUGGUCGAGGACGAAGACGAAAAGAGUUGUGGAGGAGGAAAGAGCCCCGGACCGUGUCCAGAGGGAUUGAUGACACUUGUGUCGAAUGAUGGCAAUUGCGGGAUAAUUACGGACCCUUCAGGCCCGUUUGCUGCCUGUCAUGCUGCUGUGCCUCCUGCGGAUUUCUUUGAUGAUUGCACCUUCGACAUGUGUGCAUAUGGCGGCGACAUCGUAGGGCUCUGUGAUACCCUGGAGCAAUAUGCCCUUGUCUGUGAAGGCAACGGCGUGCACGUUACUUGGCGGACUUCGACCCUUUGUCCCUUGCCGUGUCCACCAAACAGUCAUUACAACCCCUGCGCAAGUCCCUGUCCUCCGACCUGCCAGGAUCCGAACCCCAUCUGUAUAGAAGUCUGUGUAGAAUGCUGUGAGUGCGAUGAAGGCUACAUCAUGAGCGGGCUGCACUGUGUCCUACCAGAAGACUGUGGCUGCAUCGACCCGGUGACCGGUCGUUAUUACGAGCUCGGAGAAACCUGGAUAGAGGACGGCGAACGUUGUGUCUGCAAAGAAGAUAACACCAUCGAAUGCAAAGAAUGCGUAUUUGACAUCGUCUUCCUACUCGACCGUUCUUCGAGCAUUGGACCUUAUGGGAUGUUCAACGCCAAAAAAUUUAUCACUUCUAUAAUCGAGUGUUUGAAGGACCUGGAUGUUGACGUUGGGUACAUUUGUUUUGAGUGCAUAACGAAGUGGCUGGUAAAACAGGGCCUCUACGACGUAAACGAUCCUGCCAUCAUUCAACAAAUCAAGGAUGCUGAGUACACUGGGGGUGAGGGUCGAACCGGUCAUGCUCUUCAACAUUUGAUACAGACGGCCGAGUACCGAAAGAACGUCUCUAGUGUGGCAGUUGUACUGUCCGAUGGUGAUGUGCAUGAUCAGGGCAACACGCAUGAAAUCAACUCUGAUGCAGCAAGGGCAGAGGGAAUUGAAUUGUACUCUGUACCAGUUGGAAGGGAAGCCCUGUUCAACUUCGGUGUACUUCAGUACAUCGCCGGUGCCCCAGACCGAGUGUUCGACCAAUUCAGCACUUGUGAUCUUGCCAUCAAGAUAAUGCAGGAUGUGUGUGUUAUUGAAGAGGAGCUGGCAUCACCCGAUGAAUACUUACCGUGAAACGGACAUUCUGACCUGGAAGUCUGAAAGAGAGAACGAUUCCAAAACCAUAACCGCGAAUAUUUGGCAGCAUUCAAUUUUCAAUUAUUUCAACUGGGAAGACAGACAGACGACUUAGACUUGACUUUCGUAAUAUCAAAACAGUGAAAACGACUUCAUAAUGC